UUCGAAAUUAUCUACAUUCGGCGUUAAAACCACAUGUCUCCUCGUCAUAACGAUAAAUUAAAGUUUUCCAUUGAAAAAUGGUGAAAAGUUUUUCAAAUUCCAUCAAAAGUGUUUAAAAACAAUCAUUUGCAUUGUAAUCAAUUGAAAUUUUUUAUUGAACAUUGUUCGAUUGAGUGAAAUUUUACAUUUUAAAUUCUUGCAAUUUGCUAAAAACUUAUCGUGUAACGCUCAAUAGUAGUGUGGUAAUCCAAGUUGACAUUUCUAUCCCCACUACACACAUACAAUAAUCGUCUGCAAAUUCGAAAGAGCUAAAAGAAAAACAUAACCAACUCUAUUUUGUGUUGUGAAGAUUUUCUAAGUGAGAGUAAAGAGGAAAGAAAAAGUUAAAAACAUAUUCUUCAAGCAAACAAAACAAAACAGCUAUCCUUGUUCUUCUUUUUUCGAAAUUAAACACCUUGUUGUGUGCAUUAGUGUGCGUGUGCAGAAGUGAAUUGACAAUUAAACGGUGUGACUGGCUGAGUUGACAGAUAAAACUAACCUCUAUUUUUCUACGAUUAGUGCGUGAGAGCAUCGAAAAAGACGUAAAGAAGGAAAAUUUUAAGAUUUCCCAAAGAAAAAUUCUUAAUUUUGGAAAAGAAUCUUCAACUUGUUUAAGAAAAUAUCCUUACGGGGGUUCGUCCACACACAAUCUUGUGCAAUAUAUUUUUCUCUACUGCGUACGGGGAUUUUGCCAAAAACUCGAAAUCAUUUUGUGCGAGUGUGAAGGAAUCAACAAAUAUGGCAACCUAAGCUAAGGACUGCCGCAAAAUGCUAUUACUGCACUGAGUUGCAAACAAAAAAAACCAAAAGAAACAAAAUAAAAUAACAAAUCAAUCACAAUCAGUACUGAACACAGAAAGACCUCUUCGUAAAGUCUGACUGCUUAAAGUCUGGAAAAAUCAAAAAUAAAACCUUCUUAUCAUUUGAUUUGGUUUAUUCAUUUAUAAUAAGCUCAAUUCAAAGACUCUCUUAUUUCUACGUCUCUUGAUUUAAAAAAAAUCAAAAGGCAAACAAAGAUUAGUUUUUGCUCUGCCAAAAGAAGAGAAGAAAUCAAAAAGUUAAAUUAAUUUUUUUUCGAUAAAGAGAAACAACUUUUUUUCGAAAGAGAUGUCUGCCAAAGAGGAAACAUCUCCAACAACUGCAUCUAAUGUUGCAGUAGCAGCUGCUGUUUCGCCAACUGCUCCUUCCACUACAUCGUACGCUAAUGUGUUGCAGAAUUUAGAAAAAAAGGUUUCGCCAACUGCUGCUACAGCUGCAGCAGCAGUGGCUGUUAGUGGUUCUGCAUCAUUGGACCCGGACAAUAAGGAAAAUCAACCGAAUCUUAAAACAUUAAAAUCUUGGAGCGAAGAGUGCUCUGCAGAAGGAGGUACUGAAGCUCCUCCAGCUGCUAGCAGCGCACCUAACGUAAGUGGUGAGAAACGAUCGGCUAAUCCUGACAAUACAGAAAAUUCUUCGGAAGUUGACGACAAUGCUGAUUUUGUUCCGGUAACAUCUCAUGGUCGUAAAGAUCGUAAAAUACGUCGUCGAGAAAAGCAACGUGAUCGUCCAUGGGCUGGCAACAAUAAUGGCAAUAAUGACAGGCCAUCGAGAAAUAGAGAUAAUGCCGCUGCUGCGGCUGGUGGUGGAUCAAAAGGUGGUGCUGGAGCACCCUCUCAUGGCGGCAAACCCGAUGAUGAGCGAAAAAAGUUUCCAAGACGGCCACGGGAUCGUCGUCCACAACAACCGAAAGGAGAUAAGGCUGCUGCUGCUAAUCAGGGAUCUGUGUCUGGUACACCAAAAGAACCAAAGGAAGUUGUAAAAGAUCGUAAAGACUCAUCGCCAAGUGGCGCCAGUGCAAACGAAAAUAAUAGUGGCAACGAAGCAAAGACCGACGAUCAGCAACAACCGAAGAAAUUUGUAGCUGCUCCACCACCGAAGGUUAACGCCUGGAAGAUUUCCAAACAGCCAUCAUCCAGUCCAAAAACGACAUCAUCGCCCCUUGACAAGCGAGUGUUGCAGCCAAAGGCACAACCUGCUGCGCAGAAAAAGCCUGUACCUGCACCAGCUGCCGUACCGAAGCCCGAGACCGUUCCUCAUGUUGUUGUUAAAGAUAAAAGGAGAAUCAAUCAUAAGGCGAGUGAUUUUACAAAUGUUGGUGAUUGGCCACUUCUUCUUGGCGGAAAACCAAAUCCGGGCGGUGAACCUAGACGCACAGGACCGAAGAAUCGGUCUCAUGAUCCAUCUGUGACUAAACAGACAGAAACAAUUGCUGCUUCUAGUCAAUCUUCAGGAUCUCAAACUGAAGGCAAAACUGUUGCACAAGAAAAGAUCACACCAAGCACAAGUAGCAAAGUGGCUGCUGUGCCAGCUGCAUCGGCUGCUGGAAACCAGGCAGUUUCGGCAGCACCACCUGCAAACGUGUCAUCUAAUGCAGCUCCUGCUGUUAAGCAACCACAAAGUAAUAUCAAUAUUAACCAACAGCAACCAUCAGCUAGCACAAGUAAUAAUGGUGCUGCUGGUAAUGCAUCAAAUCCAAAUGCACCACCAAACGGAGCAAAUGGGGUUAAUAAGAAGAUCCCAAAACACAAAUGGCGCCCGUUGCAAAUCGAUGUUGCAAAGUCAACACGCAACAAACCUAUUCGCAGCCGCAGACCACCACCACGUGUUAGUGAGGGUGAACAACGUGGCGACAAUGAGAGUAGUACAUAUGACCGAUCUUCUAGGCCACGACGCUUCCGAGCCACCAGCUAUAGAGGUCGGCCACGCGGUGGCUAUAACAGGCAGGGUCCUGGUAGAACAGGUAAUCGACUGCCACGUCAUUUGAUUGCAAAUGGAGAAUAUGUUAAUUAUUUAGCUGUCGACACAGAGCAUCCGUUUGUCCUAAUGGGAACGCAUUAUUAUAGCGCUGUACCAGCAGCUGCUUACAUAGAAAUGGACGCAGAGACUGUUAAGAAGGCAAUUCGCAAACAAGUUGAAUACUACUUUAGCGAAACUAAUCUUACUGGCGAUUUCUUCUUGCGUCGCAAAAUGGAUAACGAAGGAUAUAUUCCAAUUGCAUUGAUUGCAUCUUUCCAUCGAAUUCUAGCACUCACUGCUGAUGUUGCUUUGGUUAUUGCUGCAAUCAAAGAAUCUGACAAAUUAGACAUGUUAGACAAUUAUAAAGUUCGUACAAAGGUUAAUCCAACAUCAUGGCCAAUCCAUGAUUUGCUUGAAAAUGCAACUGGGGAAGAAGCUACAAACAAGGAAGCUACUGCCAAUGCUACAAAUAACACUAGCCAACUCCCGGCCGAGUCGUCUGCUGAGACAAAAGAAGCUCCGACUACUGCUCCAGCGGCAACCACUGAAUCCAAUGUUGCCCAACCAAAUGCUUAUGCUGCUCCUAUUUUAACUGCAGAAAUGGCCACCAAACCCCUGGCCAGUAUCCCACCACCUCCAGUGCCUAGAAAUUCGCAAAGAUCUUUACCACAAUCAAAGGACGGCAAAUCAUCGGCCAACGCCGAAGGUGACAAAAAUCAAGUUCCUGCCUCACGAAGCCCCCCUUCAGCCAAUGCCAUAAGCGCUCUAACACAAAAAGUCGAACGCCAAGUGACUGAUAGCGCCGACAAGAAAAAUCAAUACGGUGCAAAUCUUGUCGACCAUCUAAAAGGACUCGCCGAAUGCGUUAUAACACAAAAUGACCCAACUGCCGCCGCCAUAAAAACAAACUCAGCUAGUCCGUCACCAACAAAGAGCACAAGUAAAGUACCAACCGCAUCAACUCCAAAAGCCAACAAGGACGGAAAGAAAUACCCUAAGGAUGACGAUAGCGCAACGACGACCAACGCUGAUGACACCGAAGACGGUGUGCCGAGCCUAUGGAAAGAGGUAAAGAGACGCUCAAAAAAUGCAAUUACUAAAGACCAUACUAAACAAACAACGACGCCCUUCUCACAAUCAGGAGCAGCAACCGCGGCCGCACUACCAAUAGCCAACAAGCCUGCAGUAGAAAAAGAAGAACUAGAUUUCCAAUUCGACGAAGAGCUCGACGCUAUCCCCACAAGUGGCCGCGUCAAUAAUUUCACAGAGAACUUCUCUGACGACGAAUCUGAUUAUGAAUUCGCCGAUCGCGACAUCAAUAAACUGUUGAUUGUAUCACAAGUAUCACGUCCGCAAAAACACGAAGGCUAUGAUCGCACAGCUGACUAUACAUCGCGCACGAAAAUCACCCAAGACCUCGAAAAUGUCAUUAACGAUGGUUUGGUUAAUUACGAGGAGGAUUUGUGGACGGUUACAAAUAGUAAGUCCUCUGAUUAUCGCACUGUGAACGUAAUUUCGCAGGAGGACUUUGAAAAAAUGGCCGGCAAAACGGUUAUGAGAAAACCCUCUCAGCAAAUUCCUCCUCCACCACCGCCACCGACUUAUAUCGAUGACUUGGACAAUACACUAGACAAUACACUUACACACGACUCCACAUUAAAUUCCACUUUGAAAUCUAGCAGACGCGCGCGUUUCUAUGCCGCGCCGAAUAGUCACUCCAUCGAUCCGCGUACACCGCGUAAACGCAAAACCCGUCACUCAUCGAAUCCUCCGGUGGAGGCUCACGUUGGUUGGGUGAUGGACUUUGUCGAACAUCGUCCGCGUACCUCGUCGAUGGGUAGCUCGGCUGGCACUAGUCCCACGGCGUCUAGCUAUGGUUCGUCGGUGCCACAAAGCUUGCCGGUGUUCCAACAUCCGUCGCAUUCGCUGCUGAAGGAAAACAACUUCACCCAGCAGGCUUAUCACAAAUAUCGUAGUAGGUGUUUAAAGGAGCGGCGUCGUUUAGGAUAUGGUCAGUCGCAGGAAAUGAAUACACUUUACAGAUUCUGGUCGUUCUUCUUGAGGGAAAACUUCAAUAAGACAAUGUACAACGAAUUCAGGCAAUUGGCUUGUGAAGAUGCUAUGAAUGGAUUCCGCUAUGGCUUGGAGUGUUUGUUUCGAUUCUUUUCGUAUGGUUUGGAAAAGAAGUUCCGCCCGAAUGUUUAUGAUGAUUUCCAGGAUGAGACAAUUGCCGAUUAUGAAAAAGGACAAUUGUAUGGCCUCGAAAAAUUCUGGGCAUUCUUAAAAUAUUACAAAAAUGGCGAAAAACUUGAGGUCCAACCAAAACUCACCGAAUACCUCACCAAAUUCAAGACAAUUGAAGAUUUCCGUGUUGUUGCAUCGGAAAUAGAUGAAAUGUUGCAAGGCGUUGGUCAUCUAAACAGUCGUGCAGCUCUACAACGUCAUCGCAGUAUCUCAGAAAGCGAAGGCGUAGCUGGUGCAGGAAAACGUCCCAAUACAACUAUCUCGAACCGCAGCGACUAUGUUGGCCAUCAACUUUUGGCCCAACAACAAGUUCACUCACAACAACAACAUUUGCAACAACAACAGCAAAACAACUACAACAAUCGUCGUCGAACUGGCUCAUUUGGCAGUGGUCGAGUUCGUAGUGGUUCUCUGGGAAAUAAACCCCAAGUAGCCAAUCGCAACUAUCAUUAUGGAUCGCCAAAUGAAACUACUCUACGCCGUAGUGGUGGUAACUCUGGCAGUAGCUCGAGCAUUGGACCAUCUUCAAGCAACAGGUAUAGGAACUUCUCUACCCAUCAUCAUCAAAAUCCAAAAUCCAAACAAGUACAAAGAGCCAGGGUCACUCCUCAGGCACCACCAUCAGCACCGACAGCCGAUGGAGCCACAAAGCCGCCUAACACAACCGACAACAAAACACCGAAUCAGCCUCAGUCAACAGUUAAAACCUCGGAGAAUAAACAAGCAUCAGUAGCAUCAUCGUCAGAGAAAUAAAGUAAUAAUUUUUUUUUUUAUAAAAAAUAUAUUUUUAUACUGCAAAACAUUUUUAAAAUAAUAUUCCCCACAUUUCAUAAGCUUAUAAUUAAAUAAAAACAAAAGAAAAGUAUACUUUUUGGUGCCAAGAGACACAACAUAACUCAAGACUUUCAAAACUACUAUUUAAAGAAAAAUAAUAAAAAGCUAUACAUAUGAGAGCUCUCGUCGAAAACAGUGAAAUAAAUUGGAAUAUAACGAAUAAGAAAAACUAAAAUUAACGAAACGAAGUUUAAAAACAAAAACAAUUUAUAAACAAAAAAACUCAAGUCAAACACAAAAUAUAUAAAAAAUAAGAAACAAAAAAAUCUUCCUUAAUUAAUUUUUAAGCAUUUAAGCAAUGGAUGGCGUUGAAACAAACUUAUUUUGUUUUUUGCUGUUACUAAUAAAAUAAUAGAAAUCUUGCUUUUAGUAUUGUUGUUAACAUAUUUUUUUUUUCUUGUUUUACACUUAUUACAUACAAUUUUUUUUUUUUUUGAAGAUUACCACCAAAUGGAAACUAUAUGACUAUUUUCUAAGAAUUUUUUUUUAUUAUUAUUAAUUUUUCUCUCACUCCUCUCUUUUCCUCGAUUUCUUACAAACUUUUUUUUUUAUUUUGAAUUAAAAAAAAAUAUUUUGUUUUUAAUACAAAAAAAGCAAUAAAAAGUUAAAAAAAAAAUGCAUAUAAAUUAUUUAGAAAUACAAACAAAUAAUAUCUAUGAAACUAUUAAGCAAAAAUCAUGUUGAUCUUCUUAUUAUAUUCGCUUGCUUUUCGUAAACGAAUGAAAAAAAAAUUAAAAAUUAAAAAAAAAAAUAUAAAUACACAAUGGAAACAAAAAAAAAAAAAAACAUAAAAA